AUGCCGUAUCAACCUAGCGUGAAACCCCUAACGUCGACCAUUUCGGAAGAUGAUCUGGCGAAGAUGGCCGCGGAAACCUGUACACCGAUAGCAAUUGUGGGAAUUGGCUUCCGGGGACCAGGGGAUGCUAAAAAUGUCGAGAAGCUGUGGGAAAUGAUUCUCACGGGUAGAGAAGCAUGGAGCCCAAUUCCAGCUAAGAGGUGGAACAGCGCAGCAUUCCAUCACCCAGACCAUGCCCGCCAUGGAACGAUCAACGUGGAAGGUGGCCACUUUCUGGAAGAGGAUCUAUCUGUGUUUGACGCACCAUUUUUUAACAUGACAAGCGACGAGGCAGCGGCCAUGGAUCCCCAGCAGAGAUUGCUUUUGGAGGUAGCAUAUGAAGGACUUGAGAAUGCUGGCAUUCCCCUGACUAAAAUCAUGGGUACACAGACAUCUUGCUUCGUAGGGUCUUUCUCUGCAGACUAUACAGAUCUGCUACUUCGGGAUCCCGAGUGUGUACCCAUGUAUCAGUGUACAAACGCCGGGCAAUCUCGUGCAAUGACGGCAAACAGACUCUCUUAUUUCUUUGAUUUGAAAGGGCCUAGUGUCACGGUAGACACGGCUUGCUCGGGAAGCCUCGUGGCACUUCAUUUGGCAUGCCAAAGCCUCCAAACAGGGGACGCAUCAACGGCGAUCGCAGCGGGAGUCAAUUUGAUUUUAAGUCAUGAGUUUAUGUCAACCAUGGGCAUGAUGAAGUUUCUCUCCUCAGAUGGAAGAUGCCAUACCUUUGACGAAAAGGCUAAUGGGUACGCGCGAGGCGAGGCAGCUGGCUGUCUCAUCCUUAAGCCUCUGGCCAAGGCAUUACACGACCGCAACAAGAUCCGGGCCGUGAUACGAGGCACAGGUUCCAACCAGGACGGGCGUACUGCAGGGAUUACGCUACCCAAUGGGGCGGCCCAAGAAAGCUUGAUCCGGAGCGUCUAUGCACGGGCUGCUCUGGACCCCUCGGAAACCGAUUUUGUGGAGGCCCAUGGGACAGGCACACUGGCCGGAGACCCUAUUGAGACAGGAGCAAUCGCUCGUGUCUUUGGGACUGGUCGUCCACCUGACAAUCCUGUACGGAUUGGUUCCAUUAAAACAAAUGUCGGCCACUUGGAAGGCGCCAGCGGUGUGGCUGGUGUGAUCAAGGCAGUCCUGAUGCUGGAAAAUCACAUGUUUUUGCCAAACAGGAAUUUUGAAAGAAUCAACCCACGUAUCCCACUGGAUAAUUGGAAACUCAAGGUUCAAUUGCAAACUGAGCCAUGGGAGACCACAGGGCCUCGUCGCGUUUCUGUGAAUAGCUUCGGGUACGGUGGGAGCAAUGCCCAUGUAAUUGUCGAAGAUGCCCAAGGCUGCCUGUUUAGCUGGGGACUCAAGGAGUACGACAUAAUCCCGACCACCGCGUGCAAAAGCCAUGAUGAGACAGUUAAUAGCUCACUGCUCGGACCAUCUCGCAUAUUUAUGGUCUCUGGUUUCGAUGAAAAAACCUGUGCGCAACAAAUGCAGGCCCUAAGCAAUUACAUGCUCGAUAUGCAGCAUGAGGUUGGUAAUGAGAAAUUUCUCAACGACCUUGCGUUCACAGUAAACGAGCGACGCUCUGCCUUUCCGUGGAAGGCAGCAGUGGUCGGAGAUACGAUGGAGGGUUUGGCGGUCUCUCUAUCUCAGAAAUUCAAAGCUAGGAGCGCUCUUCGGAGGCCAAUACUUGGGUUUAUCUUUACUGGGCAAGGCGCACAGUGGGCUGGGAUGGGAAAGGAGCUGCUCCAAGCCUAUCCUGUCUUCAAAAUGUCAAUUUUGGGCAUCGACAGAUUUCUGAACGACAUUGGAGCUCCUUUUACAGUGGAAGAGGAGAUCACAAAGUGUGCCCAGAAUUCCGAUUUGAACCAUCCAAGUCUCAGCCAGACAGUAUGCACAGCGUUGCAGAUUGCGCUGGUCGACUUGCUAAAAUCAUGGAAUAUACAUCCAGACUCCGUGACGGGCCAUUCUAGUGGGGAAAUUGCUGCUGCAUAUGCUACCGGUGCACUCAGCAUGAAUGAUGCAAUGUCAGUGGCAUACUACCGAGGCGCUGUGGCAAGCCGCCUUCUAGAUGACCAGGCAAACAGAGGUGCUAUGAUGGCAGUUGGGAUGUCUGCCGAGGCGGUGCAGCCUUACUUGGACGGAUUUCAGCCCAGACAGCUGGUGGUAGCGUGUGUCAACAGUCCAUCGAGUGUCACGAUAUCAGGUGAUACGCUUGCCAUUGAUGUACUCGGACAAACAUUGAAAGAACAACAGGUAUUCAGUCGACGCCUUGAAGUGGGUGUCGCUUAUCACUCUCCUCAUAUAGAACAGGUUGCCGAGCAGUAUCACAACCUUAUAGAUCAUAUCCAGCCCCGAGGACUGGAUGGGAUAGCGGGAGAAAUGACAGCAAGUUGCGCAUCGUUCUUUUCCUCGGUCACUGGAACGCUAGUUUCUUUGGAAGAAUUGGAUGCUCAGUACUGGGUGUCAAAUUUGGUUGGGCAAGUGAAUUUUGCCAAGUCCCUGUGGACUUUGUGUUUUGAAACGAAAGGGAAGCGUGCUGGGCAUGCAGGGACUUCCAGAAUGAGAAGGGCCAGGGCAGCCCAAAAGCCAUCUGUGGAUUGUCUCAUCGAGAUUGGCCCCCAUGCAGCACUUUCUGGGCCAAUAAAGCAAAUACUUCAGGCGGAUGCGAAGCUCAAUGCCGCCGAUAUAAGCUAUAUUAGCAUUUUGAUGCGAAAGGCCAACGCAGUCACUACAUCGCUCGGCGCAGCCGCCACAUUAGCGUCAUUUAAUUACCCCAUUGAUUUUGGUGCAAUCAACCGCCCUAUGGGGACAAAGAGAAGCAGGACACCUCAGCUACUAGUUGAUCUUCCGACGUAUGCCUGGAAUCACACCAGGUCAUAUUGGGCAGAGCCACGACUGAGCAAGAUGUAUCGGAACCGAAGGUCCCCGCGGAUGGAUUUACUUGGUGCACCAGAAAACAUGGCAUGUCCAUUCGAGCCUCGCUGGAGAAAUUAUCUUCGAACGUCAGAGCUCCCUUGGCUUCUCGAUCACAAGAUUCAGGGGAAUAUUGUUUUCCCUGCUACAGGUUAUUUGGCCAUGGCACUUGAAGCAUCAAUACAGUUGAACAAGAAUGAGGAAAAAGUUGCUCGUUACGUCCUGCGAGAUGUGGAAAUACAGUCAGCACUGGUCCUCAACGAAACUUCCGCUGUCGAGGUCAUGAUAUCUCUUCAAAAGUCGACACAAAACCAAGAACAUUUGUACAAUUUCCAUAUAUACUCUAUUUCAGAGGAGAAUAGGUGGACUAAGCACUGCACUGGCUGGGUCGAGGCACUAAAAAGCACUGGCGCUUCAGGGAAUGGAGUGGAGGGAACUGAUAGUUACGCCACGGUUCUGUUGGGAACGGAAGUCCAUGGAAUAUCGGCGAUUGACGUCGCUAAAUUUUACGAGAAGCUUCAAAAUUCUGGUCUGGAAUACGGACCAUGUUUUUCAAAUUUGACAAAGGCACAUGUCACCCAAGACGGGGUAUGCUUUGCAGAAGUCACUGUACCGGAUACACUAUCUGUGAUGCCUGCGUCAUUCCAGAAUGAGCUUUUGGUCCACCCUUGCACUCUGGAUAGUAUAUUUCAAACCAUCUUUGCCGCCUUACCCCCAGGUAUGGGAGUUGAGGAAGGACCCGCAGUCCCUGUCUUCAUCGAAGAGAUGAUCGUAUCAUCCGGCCUCAGCUGUUCGGCAGGAGAUCUCAUGAGCAUUUGUACUCAUGUGUGCCCGAUGCAAACAAAGGACAUAACGGCAUGUAUAGUGGCAGUGAUUUGUAACGAGAAGCAAUUCGAAACUGAGCCAACAAUUUCACUUCGUGGCCUACGAUGUGCGAGGAUUGAGCGUGUCGAACCAGCAUCGCAGAGAAAAGAAAACCGCAUAAUUUAUCAAAUUGACUGGAAACCAGAUCCAAGCUUUCUUUCCAGCAGCAAUAGCUCAUUCCUAUUCGACAAGGUGGAUGCUGUUCAAGAGCUCGCGCCUCAAACGGAGUACGAAGAGAGCGCAGCCGGCUUCAUCAGAGCUGCGCUGGAGGAAGUCAGCACAACGGAGGCAAUGGGACUUGACUAUUCUCACCGGAGAUUCCGGUGUUUUCUCCAAGAUUUGCUUGAAAGACAUGACAGUCAAACUUCAAUACCAUCAUCUCACUUGGAAAACAUCCAUCCGAUCCCGACGGGAAACCUCCUGCGGGUCAUUGGCCAUAGCCUUGUUCCUAUUAUUCGGAAUCAAGUUGACUUUUCCACCCUCAUGACUGACGAUCGCCUAUUGGAUGAGUUCUGGGAUAUAUUCUCAGCGGACGCUUCGUACCAAGCAGCUGCAAAAUACGUCGACUUGAUUGGCCAUGGGAAGCCAGAUAUAUCCAUUCUUGAAUUUGGAGUUGGCACAGGCCAGAUAGCAGAGAUAUUUCUGAACUAUCUUGUGACGCUUAAGGAGACACCUCACUGCGGAAGAUAUAUAUUUAUCCACGAAAACGCCUCCGUACUUGAGGAUACCUCGAAGCGACUGGAGGUUUGGUCAGAAUGGGUUGAAUGCAAGUCCCUGGAUCUUGGCAAGGAUUUCCACAAACAAGGGGUUGAAAAGAACUCCGUUGACAUCAUAAUCCUGCCUCAUGGAUUGUGUACUGCACGUUGUGAACAAAAGGCACUCAGCAGAAUCCAUGAUCUUUUGAGACCAUCUGGCUAUUUGAUUGCAAUUAAUCCCUUCGACCCAAAGAAGGAUGUGCUGAAAAAUCUCUUGUUUGGUGCCUUGCACUGCCUGUCCACAGAUGAAUUCUGUUUAGGCCAGGGUGCCUGGACGGAGAGUCAAUGGGAGGAGAUCCUGCAAGAUGCGCAUUUCACUGAAGUCGAUGCCUAUGCGGAGCAGGACUCCGAGAAGAGCCACCAGUUCAUCGUGGCCAAAAAGCGAAAAAUACAAAAGUCGUCCAGAAAGGUUUCCAUCAUUUGCGAGGACAAAACUGAGACUGUCAGGCAUAUAGUUACUGAGCUCGAGAAGAUCUCAUGUGAGGUGAAUGUGACACAAGUCGAUAACGUGGAGUGUAAAGAUCAGAUUUGUUUGGUCUUGGAUACUUCAACGUCCUCCCUGCUAGCUGCUCCCAAUGAAAUUACAUUCAGCAAGAUAAAAGCUAUAUUUACCCAGAGCGGAGGAGUUCUCUGGAUAACAAGAGGAGGGACGGUUGAGCCUGUCAACCCAAACGCGGCCUUGGCUGUUGGAUUUGCAAGAACAGCACGUGCCGAAUCGGGUGUAAACCCAAUUGUCACCCUUGAUCUGGAUGCUCAUGAUUCUCUCUCGGAAUCUCAAGCCGCCAAAAUGAUUGCAAAAGUACUGGUUACCAGAUUUCUCCGUGAAAAUCCAAAUGAGGACACGGAAUACGCGGAGAGAAAUGGACAGAUUCUGGUUCCACGAGUCCUAGAAAGUUUGAAUGAGAACAAGAUACUGAGCACCAUUAAUAAUAUUAAGGCUGUGUCCGAGCAGUCUUUCCAUCAGCUUCAGCAACCUCUCCGUCUUUCCAGAAAAUUUGAUGACCCCGGAUUUGUUGGCGAUUCGCAAAUGACUGAACUCCCAGCCGGAUACGUCGGGAUUAAAGUACACGCUUUCGGCCUAAAUAAAUGGGACAUUCAGCCUGACCAUUCUGAUUGGCAACCUGACGAUACCCUCGGUCUAGAGUGUAGUGGCAUAGUAUACAAGGUUGGCGCUGGGGUCCACAGCAUCACCGUAGGUGACCGGGUUGCGUGUCUUGGAGCUGGGACGGCGAGAAGCUUCUAUCACGAUCGCUCAUCAGUUUUCCAGAAGAUCAAUGACGAAAUGUCAUUACAGGUGGCGUCAGCUUUGCCUUUAGCAUAUACAAUUGCUCAUUAUGUUGUGAACCAAAUGUCACUGGUCGAGUCGAAUGACACCGUUCUCGUGCAUGACGCUACAAGUCAUUUCGGCCAAGCACUUUUGGAAGUUGCAGAGCCCCCGCGAAAAGGACUUGUGAGCUCGAGGUUCGGGAUACCCGGGGAGCAUGUCUUCAUAACCGGGAAGGACGAUGUGGUCAAGGGUGUGUUACGGUUGACCGAUGGCAAGAAAGCAAAUGUAGUAGUGACGUUCGAGACCGCAGAGGAAAGAACCUUUCAGCUCUGCACUGCGCCAUUUGGUCGGUUUAUUCAACUUCGCACAACCAACCUCAAGACUCGACCAUUGUCAUGUGCUCAGAAUAUGUCCCUGACUACAGUCAAUAUAUUUGAGUUCCAAAAGGAGAAGAUUGAACUUGCCAACCGAAUAUGGCCGAAGGUUUCUCCCUUGUUCCUCCAAGGGCUACUCAAAGGGCCUGGCCCUACUGAUGCAUAUCAUGUUUCACUCAUUGAUGAGGCACUAACCGCAGUUCAAACACGACAGCAUGUUGUGGUCCAUGUAGAAGAGAGUGAUAUUGUGAAGGCCACGCUCCCAAGGGCUACUCAGCCAUUGUUCCGCGCAAAUGCCUCCUACAUGCUGGUCGGUGGGCUUGGGGGGAUUGGGAGGGAGGUAGCUUCGUGGAUGGCGCAAAAUGGAGCAAAGAGCCUGAUUUUCGUCAGUCGAAGCGGCCUUUCAAGGCACGAGUCUCAAGCGACAGUGAGAGGUCUGGUGAAACAAGGUAUCCAGGUAACCACUCGAGUCUGCGACAUAUCGAACGAGACUGAAGUCCAGCAAAUGUUUCAUGAUCUCUCUCGUUGCGUGCCUCCAAUACGAGGGGUGAUACAGGCAGCCAUGGUCCUCAAGGACGUUCAUAUUGAAAACAUGAGGGUACAUGAGUAUUAUCGUGUCAUGAGCCCGAAAUAUUAUGGCACAUGGAAUUUACACCGACAUCUCCCCUUAGAUCUUGACUUCUUCCUGAUGUUAUCUUCCAUCAGCGGCAUUGUUGGGAAUGCCACACAGGCUGCCUAUGCUGCCGGCUGCACUUUCAUGGACGCAUUUGCCGCUUACCGAAGGACCUUAGGUCUUCCAGCAGUAUCUUUGGAUCUCGGAACAAUCAAAGAUGUUGGCCAUCUGGCCGAAAACAAAGAGCUGGCCACAAAAAUGGAGCGACAGGGAUUCCAGGGCACUGAUACGCCGACACUUCUAUGCCUGAUAGAAUUUUCUAUCUCUCAGUCGACGACGGGAGGCGCACAACUUAUAACUGGUCUCGGACAAUGGAAAGAAAACGAAUCACUUGGAAACUUUGAUGCGCCCUUGUUUGCCCACUUCCGCUACAAGUUCCAGGGUUAUGGCAAAUCUAUUGCACUCGGCGACUCGAUGGAAGGAUUGAAGGUUGAACUUGAUGCUACAACAACGGUAGAUCAAGCCACCGUGGUAAUUUGCGAUGCCCUGAGCAGGAAAAUUGCCUCCCAUCUCUCCAUCCCAGUUGAAAAUAUUAAUCCUUCUAAUCCAGUCUCCGAGUAUGGAGUUGACUCCCAUGUGGCAGUGGAGCUGCGCAACUGGGUAUCACGGUCUAUGAAUUGCACUAUCCCCGUUUUGGAAAUUCUAGCAAGGUCUAUGCUGGAGUUAUCUCACAAAAUUGCCAGCCAAAGACUUGACGGCAAGCUGGAGUGA